AUGGGCUUCCGCGGAGUGUCAAACCAAUCCGUCUUUGUAGCAAACCUCUGUUUUCUCGCUGGACUUGGGCUCUUGAUCUCGGCGCAGUGGGAAAUGGUCAGGGGCAACACGUUCGAAUACACAGUUUUGGCAGCUUUUGGGCUAUACUACGGCGGUUACGGAGUGCUGAUAUUACCUUCGAUGGGCAUUCUCGAGUCAUAUAAAGGCGACACAACCGAGUAUUACAAUGCAUUUGGGAUUUACCAGCUUGUUUGGUGCAUACUCAAUCUCUUCUUUUUUAUUGCAUCUUUGCCAACCGGUGGUCCUAAUAUUAUUAUAUAUGGUGGAUUGGAGCUCUCAUAUAUCUUCAACUGCAUAGCGCACUUUGUUAGGGCAGAUGGUAAUGUUGCGACCAGUACCAGCCUUAUGAAAGCAGGGGGCGCAUUCGGAUUUAUUGCAUCUCUGGCUGGCUUUUAUAUGUUGGGUCAUGAGCUUUGUCAAGAUGUUUUACCCUUUCGCGUUCCGGUGUACAACACGAGUCGCCUUGCUGGGAGAAGGAAAUCGAGCGACCAGAGUAAUUGA